AUGAACCCGCCGUCGAAGUUGGGAGACUUCUUUGGAGUUGUUGACGACUUCUUCAAGAAAACAUUUCGAGAUGACUCGCAGGUGUUUUUGGCAGUUAAGUCCCGGCAGUAUUCCGAAUCAUUUCCAGGGAAACAACUUUUUUUCACCAUCCCCCAGACCUCGUCACAGGCAUCCGGGGAGUCACAUACUCCAGAGGAGGCGGCGACAAUGUCGUCCAAAAAGACCAACUACAUGACCUUUUCUCCCCGCCUGGUUCUCAACAAUGAUGGGACUGCGUUUGGCAAGGUCAAACUUGGGUGCGGCCUCCAUAUCCCGCGUGUCUGUCGCUUUGAGCAGGGGCUGACGUUAACCAACAAGGGGGUCGUCUCCACUGAACUCAAGUUGAUCGAUAUCCUUGAGGGCCUUGAGCUUAAGGGUCGUAUUGCAGUUAACACAAUUGCUCCCGCAUCAGAGGAUGUGUCGGUGGCUACUAUAGAUUACCAGAGACGUGAUUUUUACACUUCGCUAGGAUAUCAACGCAAUGGACUUGGCAGCAGUGAUCUUUUGCUGGACUGUGGAACGAAAUUUUUUAAUCUUCUUCUUGGGGCUGGUUUUGAACGGCAACAACUAUCCUAUCUUGAACACCAGGAUGCCUCAGCUCAGAUGGAUGUGCUAUACGCGGGUUUAGGCUUUACUGGGGUGAACUGGUCGAUUGGGGCGAAAAUGGUGCGUGCAAACGACGCGUGGAAUACGGCUCGAGUGGCUUUCUACCAGCGUAUGGCGCCUAGCACCAUGGUGGCAUGUGGGUAUAAUUUUGAGCUGUCUGAGUCCCGUGCGCACCUCUCUUUGGGUUUCUCACAGGGCUUUCGUCUGCGAGUGCCUACCAUACUACAACAGCGCUCAGAGGAACAGGUGGAUGCAUGGACGGCAAUUUUGCCUUUUGUGGGGGCUGUUAAAGCAGAGAGCGACGGCGUUUGCGCUGCUACCCUCCGUGGUAUUUUUAACGGUGUAGUCCAUUGGGCCCUAAUCGCCCGCAAAAAUGUGUUGCACGGUGCCAGUCCAGUGCGAUACGGGGUAACCAUCUCGAUGGAAUCUGACUGA